AUGACCAGGACCUCACCUCGUCGAAUCCCCCGUAGACGAGAUUCUUCGAGACAAGCUGCAAUUACAUUUCUUUCUAACAUUAGCCUUGGAACUGAGUCAACUUUCCCCUCUAGUACUGUACAGGCGUCGAGCCAUUCCGUUCCGAGCCCUUUUCAGUCAUCAGACCAUCUGUUAAACACUGAUAAUUUUGAGAAGACUCCACUUGUGACUGUCACUGAUCAUGAGGUUAUCAACGGAAAUGGCAGACCAGAUUUACAAAUUGAUACUAAAACUGCAAUAUCUUUCGAUAUGCUUCCUCACAAGGCAGCAGGACAUUAUAUAUUCUCUUCAAGCCCAAAAACGCCUAAUGAUGACUUAUUUGACCAGAAAACUUCCUCCAUAAAUACUGUGGAGUAUAUAGAAAAUUUAAAUCGACAAAAUAAAACUAGAAGAGGUAACAGUCGGCGCGAAGAGACUGCGACAAACUUCUUGACAAAUAUAAGCCUCAACUAUAAGCAUUCUCACUCUUCAAGUGAUAGCUUAACUCUUCCAAUCAAGGAAAAACAGGUAGUAUUAGAGGCUAAAGAUGGCUCUCUUAUUGAGACAAAUUUAGAAAACCAAGAGAAUCACUAUUUGAUUCUUGAUGGUUCACCACAUGAUAGUUAUAAUCUAAGACGACGUAGAAGUUCAGCUUCCACAUUAAAAUCAGAAUCGAGCUCAUCUUCUGCCAAUUCUAACACUUCACCUACUUCACCCGGUGACUUAAUUUCAUCUCGCCGUAAAAUUUAUCGUCGUCGUUCAUCUUCAAAGCCAAAUAAUCAUAUAACCGUUGGCAUCAACCGUAAGCAAUCUAACAGUUUAUUUACAGCUCCUUCAUACGAUCCAACGUAUUUAGAUAAUCCCGCGUUAAAAACAGAAAAAGAAACACCCAACGAUCAGCAGGAGCUGAAAACAAGUAAACAUCGUGCGGUUUUGAGUUUAUCCGGGAUCAUAGGUCUAAUGAGUCAUGGUACUCGACCGUCUGAUUUGAAGCGCGAGUCAAAUGAACUUUUUCGUCAAACUCAUCCGAAUGUUGAUCCAAGUUUAACCUUAAGUCAAAUUCGUAAAGUAAAAGCGAAAUUGUUAGCUGCUGCUCAACACGAGGACUUGGAUUUGGAGCUUUCCACAGUUGCAAAAGCUUAUGCAUAUUUUGAAAAAUUAAUAUUGAAA